UUUAUAGCUGUUUUAAGAAUAUCAUUGAGGUCUUUGUGAUGUCCGCGGCUGAUAUAGAGUCGCAGGAUUCCAUAGACGCGGAAUCGAGCGAAUAUGAUGAGGAUGAAGAUAAUGAUGACGACUAUUAUUACACGAAUAUUUAUGACGAUGAAGGGAUGGCGUCCGACAAAGAGGAAGACCCUGAAAGUUUCGAAUAUGUGAUCAUUGAUUCGAAUGAAGCUAAGCAAAUGUUCGAUUCCUUUGUAGCUAACGUUUCCCGGCAAAUAAAGGUGGGAUCCUUAACGAUACCUUUAAAGUGCAAUAAUAUUGUUCGGUAAUGUCAUCAUAUCUUCGUGAUCUUUAUUUAUUUCCUAUUUCACUAAGUUCUAAUUUAUAUCCAAAGGUGUCGGAAUCUGUUGCUAGGAUUCUUCUUAUUCAGCAUGACUGGAACACAGAGAAGAUUUUAGAAAGGUUUAUCUUGUUUAUUUUAAAUUCAAUCUCAUUGUCCCCUAGAUGGGAGACCCGUUAGCUCUUAUUAAUUACAUUAUUUUAGGUUAUUUGAAUUCAUAGUAAUUGAUCAAUAAUUAACUUACAAGACAUCAGUAAACAAAGAAUUCAUUGAGGUUACAUAGUUCCACAUAAGCUUACACACCUUAUCUCGGCUGUUACUUAUCACAACCUAUAAGAUGGAAAGGAAAUUGGAAAAAUACAUGUAGAUCUAGGCCAAUUCCUAAAUAUUGAACAAUCUUUGCAUCUCAUGAGUCGGUAGCUUGUGCCAGGCUCUCAGAUAGUAUAGUGCGGACGUAAAACGAGCAAAGCGAAAAUAAGACGCGCGGAGCCUGGAACAGGCUAAUGAGUCGGUCAAUUUCAAGUGACCCCACCUGGGGGAAGGCAGGGGCGGGGAUGCUUGGGUCAAUUUUUGCUGGGCAUGUGCCGCUGAUUUGUCAUAACCACUACCCCUUUAUAGUCUAUUCUGUGGCAAAUUAUAGACCCCUCAUUAGUCACUUUUGGACAAAUGUAAUUUCCGCGAUCCCAACGUAGUCAUUUUCUGUUGAUGCAUCUACCUUGUAAAGCCUUUUAACUAGAUCAUCCUGAAAUUAAUCUUCCUUUCUUUAAAUCCCUAAUUACCAGAAUAUUGUUACGCCCAAAAUCCCAAAUGUGUGUGACCCCAUUCAUGUAACUGUAUUGAAUUCAACCUUGUUGUAGUCAAUCCAGUUGUGAAAAUGCAACCCCAUCCAGUGGUACAUCCCAAAUAGACUGUUACUACAAAGUAAUUCCCCCCCCCUCCCUCAGCAUUCCGGGGUAGCAAGAGGUGAUAUUUAUGUAAGAGCUGCCUCAGUUUAUCCAAUAAUUAUUGCAGAAAGGAUUGUUAAUUUUGGUAAAUUUACCAAUCUUUACACUCCCCUGUGUAUAUGCAUGUAUUUCAUUGUGUGAGAACUGGAAAUAACGUACAUAGCUGUACGUGUGCAUGCGAGCAGUCACAAUCAAUAGUUUUGCUUGUGAAGUGAAAAACUGACAACACUCUUUCUUGUGUCUAUUACAGCACCUUACUAGUAAAGAAAACACAAUUUUCAACAAAAAAAAGAUCAAGAGGGCAUCCUUAAAUUAAAUAUAAUAAAUGUUGUAUUUUGUAGGCACAGGAUUGAUCCUGUAGGUCUACUUGUAGAAGGAAGAAUUAUUCCUGAAAAACCUGCCCCUCAAACUGUAAGUAUUUUGAGAACAGUUUACUGAAUUUUUACAUUACAAGUCAUGUAGUAUAAUAUGGUCAAACCUUGUAAAUAUAGACAGUGAGGAGGUCACAGUUCUAAAGUGUCCGUAUUAACAAGGUGUCCGUAUUUUGUUUUUGUUUCGUCAUGAAACGAGAACAAUAGCUUUUAAUUAGUUCCUUUUUUAUGCAAAAGAGAGUGGCAGGAUGAGGAUGUUGAAGUUGGGGAAGUCAGUUUGAUAAGUUAACCUCCAGAACUGCAAGAGGCUAUUGGUGAUAGUGUGGGUGAUGUUAGUUGUUCAAAGUUUCAAUAUGAUAUUUUGACUCAGACCAGUUUUGAAAUGCCAUGUGGGACAUAUGGCACACUUUGACUAAUUUCUAGAUUAAACGCCGACUUUGUUAUAUCAAGGCUCUACUGUAAUUUGGUGGCUGAUUGGAUUCAACCCUCCUUCCCUACCCCUUUAAAAUCUUGGAUCAACAGCAACAGCAACAACAACAAGCUUUAUUUGCAUGACCAUAAAAGCUUCAUUGUAUUUUAAAAAAAAGAACUAAAAUUAUAUCAUAGGAGAAUUAAGUUACUUUGAUGAUAAUUUGUCAUAAAGAUCAAAGCAAGCUGAUCCUUCCCAGCCUUGUACUGUGCAGGGUUGUCACUAAGAUUUCAAGUUGCCGGGUAAAUACAACAAGUAGGCGGGGAAUCAAAUGGCUAGGGAUUUCUUUUGGUUCUAUUUUGCUUCUAUUUUCCAAUAAAAGUAGCCGGGGGCCACUCUCUUGGUAGCCAGGGAAAAUCUCCGGCCCCCGGCUCUUAAUGACAACCCUGACUGUGGGUACAUCAUGUUUUGUUUUCAUCUCACUCUGCAGACUUCAAGGUCGCUUUACUGUCCCGUAUGUUUCCAACGUUGCACAAAGUCCAACACAAGCAGUGCAGCCUGUGGCCAUGUGUUCUGUGAUGAUUGCUGGUUGCUGUAUUGUAUUUCUCAGUUAAAAAUUGGCUUAUCCUCUGGUACGCAGUGAGAAAAAAAUUUCCUGUUUAGAUGCAAGUGUAAAUUUUGUAACUUUUCAGCACUUUCAAAAAUGACCAUAAUUAUUAUCAAAGGGGUGUUCUUGCAGGGAUGUAAUGGGCCGACAUCAGCAGCAAAGCUGUAAAGCCCAAAGGGCACUGUGAAGCUAUUAGGGUGCCCCUAAAAUCACAAGUGGGACUCUUGGGCAGCAUUUUCUCGAGUUUAACUUAGCCUAAAGUUCACUUAGCCACAUUUAAAAAAUUAAAAUGAAAACAAUGCAAACUACUCCACUGAAAGAAUUGCCAGACAUUAACAACCAAAUUGGGUGGCCAGCAUGGCAUUUCGUUCGUUCAGGUUUAAAUUUGUAAAGAAUUGUUAAAAUGACCAUUAAUUUUCCUUGACCGUUGAUAAUUAGUUGUUCAUAAACAAGGAUGUACCAUAGGAUGGAACAUUGUUCAGUGAGGUUGCGCUGUGCAAUUUUUUUCAGGUAUUGAGUGUAUGAACUGCAAUCUUUUAAUCGGAGAAGAAAUGGCUCUGAAAGUACUAAAAAAUGAUGCAGCUGAAGAAAAAUAUAGGCAUUUCCUUUUUAAUGAUGAAGUUAAGGUGAGUAUCCAAAUUUUGUAUCAUCAAGUUGAAUGGUAACGUAAAAAUCCAGGUGUUAGUCUUCUUGAAGAGAUCCAGUGGUGAUACUGUGAUCACUAGACCAUUCUUAUUUCUCUUUAUAAUUAAGUUAACAAAACUUACUUAGGGUAGGAGACAAGUGCCAAGAAAAACAUUUUGCGCUGUUCAAUACAUUCACCACUGGACAUUUGACAAAAAAAAAAUGCCGUUUUAAGCUGUUUGAGUCAUGUCUUGGUCACUACAUGGCCAAGAAGAACCAAAACUCUAAUGUUGUUUUACAGUCAAGUACUGUGCUAGCUUUUGUUAAGCUACAAGCAAACGAACGCAACAACUCCCAAGUGGUGUACAAACGGAUGCAACAUCUCCCAACAAUGUUGGUACCUGCAGUGCAUUGUGGGAAGGAUGUAACCCAUAAGACUUUGGAGACCAUGUGUAAUGUGCAUGCAAGUCCCCAACAAUGUUGGAAGAGCUGUGCAAACAGAUCCAUUGUUGCACCAUGCCUUGGUGUUCACAGAACAAAAGAAAUGUUGGGAGUUUUUAGCGUAAAAGUUUGACUGGUUUCAAACUUUGCGCAACAACAUGCAACAGGGUGUACAAACAGACGCAAUGUAUAACAUCCGACAAUGUUGGGUCUUGUUGUCCAACACUGUUGUGUCCGUCUGCCCUGAGCACAGGGCUUAACUGAUGCUAACCUGAUGACAUCACAAGAGGUACAAGGGAUGGGGGUCCACACCGGCUGUUAUGGAGCAAUGAGGCUUGAUUAGGUUAAUGAAUUAAGUUAUGUCUUUAUAUUUUAUUCUUUCUUUUGUCAGCAUCAUCCUUUAAUUAGAUGGUGCCCAGGAAGUGACUGCGGUUAUCUCGUUAAAGUAGUGGAACCUAAAGCGAAACGAAUAUGGUGUUCACAUUGUUAUUCAAUAUUCUGGUGAGUCUUGUUCUAUGCCUCACUUAUGCCUAGAAAUAACCUCGCAGUGUUGUUGGGCUCCUAACAAGUGUCACGGAGACACAGAUUUCCUUUCCGUCAAAAUCUUCGUGUUCGGAAACGUCUUCACAAUUCAUCGUUGAGAAAGAGGCUUCAUGUUCAACAUUUCCAAUAAAAUAGUUGACCCUUUACUCCUAGAGCACUUUACGGCAAGAUUUAGCCUGGCUCCACCGCCAAAAUUUUCCCCGAAAUGACACAAGUGAGCACACACUGCUGACCUCGACCACUACUGUCCUCUGUGACAAGUCUAAAGAGCGACCUUGCAGACUAAAGUUCCAACUUUGCUUUGAUUAUUCCUGUCAUAAACUUUCGUCCACUUGCAUAUUUAUAUAAUUUUAUCCGAUGUACGCUACGUUUUUUUCAGUUUCAUGUGCGGAGAGAAAUACCACGCUCCUACAGACUGUUAUACCAUUAAGAAAUGGCUUACAAAAUGUGAAGACGACUCAGAGACGGCAAAUUAUAUCACAGCGAACACAAAAGAUGUAAGUCCUGGCCAUCGAUUCAACUGUUUCUUAUAACUAUUUAUUAAUUAUUUCAAAAUUUUAUGAAUAAAGAAUAUUCCCUGCCCGCAGUUUACAAAAGCUAGUCGAGGCGAACAUCUCACAAGCAGGACUGGAGAAAAGGAAAUAAAAUUAAGUUUACAGUCAUGUAUAUUGCAAAGUAAAAAAUGCAAAUAUAAGAAGGCGAGUGUUCGAGAAAUUUUCGUUACUAAGUCGGCUAAAUCAAUAUAAUCAUUCUCAUCUGAAAGUUUUUGGAGUAAAGUGUCGUGGAUAUUGAUUUUGAAGUUAUCUUUUGACAUGUGACGCAUUUCACAAGAUAAGCUAUUCCAUAUUUUUAAGCCAACCUUGAAAAAGACUUACGGGUACUUUAAUUGUCUAAUCUGGAACGUUUAACAUAGUAAUUACCCCUUGAAAAUGAUCUUGUACUAUAGAUGAAUGUUACAUUGCGAAGUAAAUGGAUUAUAAAUAUGUUAGUUAUAGUACAUGUUAACUAGACUGCGAGAGUUUUCUUCCUUGCUAUAGUUUCUUAAAAGGAAAGAAAUGUCUACCGGCGAGACGAAACAAGCGCGCUGUGAGCGUUGCUGCCGCAAGCUGCGAAGCUCCGAAUAUCGGUCCUUUCUUUUCUUCUCCCCGUUCCGUCCGCGUUUUUGACGGCUAAUUUUCCGCGAUCACUGAUCUGAUGAAAAAAUAACGUUUGCGUGCGCGCAUUCUGGUGAUUCCCUGCUAAACGCCUGUCACAGUGUUCCCCGAAAAUCUCACGUCCGUUUCAUACAGCUGCAAAUAGUUUUUUUCUUUUAAUUCUUGAGAGGACUAUCCUGCGUCACAGAUGAAACUAAACUUCCGGUUAAGUCCGUCUGCGAAACGGCGCCAAAAUCCUUGUUCUGGGUUCCCACCUGUGUACCGGUUAGAAGGGUUAUCGGUUAGAAGGGCUAAACAAGAGGCUAAUUUAAUGUACAAGCGCAUCAAUAAUCUCGCCCCAGCUUUAUCUGUUUGCCCCAAGAACACCGAAUUACUAUUUUCGCAACGCGAAGAAAAAAAUUAAUGCUCCCAAAACCAAGAACUGAUUACCUGAAGCGUAGCUUCAGUUACAGUGGCUCUCUUCUAUGGAACAAUCUUCCUGAGGAAGUCCUUAGGUUUCUUUAAGAGAAGUUCCCAUAGAUGGUUUUCUGAUUAGUACUCCCACACGGCAAAUAUGUAAAACAGUUUUUGAGAAUUUUUAAUUAAUUUUCUAUAUUAGACUGAUGUUUUUAACCGUGUUUAAAUAAAGUUAUCAUUCAUUCAUUCCAACCAGGAUUUGAGUACGCGCCAUGAUUGGCCUGUUGAAAAGGCCAUUGUUGAUUUGCCAAUCAGGUUGAAGGAAAAUUCAAACGCAUUUCUGGUAAUUCGUAGAGUCUGUUGGGGGGCCCAGAACAAGGAUAUCGGCGCUGCUUGACAGACGUUACUAGUCGGGGUUAGAUUACGUCUGGGAUCAAUUUAGGUUCCCGGGAAAAUGACCACCUACCCCUCCCCUAAGCCAACAUUUUGUCCUAGGUGAGAAAUAAGUGAUAAUGUUGGCUUAGGAGAGGGGUAGGAAGGCAGUCUCCCAGAAUCCUAAAAUGAUCGCAGACGUUACUAGCCAGGGUUAGAUUACGUCUGGGAUCAAUUUAUGUUUCUGGGAAACUGACCGCCUACCCCUCCCCUCGCCUUAAGGGAGAAGUAAGUGAUAAUGUUGGUUUAGGGGAGAGGUAGGUGGGCAGUUUCCUAGAAACUUAAAUUGAUCUUACGUCUGCGACGCAGACUAUGAAACGACAUACAUGUGCAAAUUUGCGUGUAAAAAGUCUGCGUGUAAAAGCUCGUGUAAAGAUUUACACGCGAGUUUUUUGCGUGGAUUUUUCGUGGAAAUCCGCCAUAUUGCACGCAAUGUACCCGCGUGUAAGUGCUGCAAUGCCCGUGGCCUGUACUGUAUGGCCGGCUGAGUCAUCAUUUUUUUUGAAUGGCUGUUGUUUUUUUAAUGCAGUGUCCACACUGUGGAAGCUGUAUCGAGAAGAAUGGUGGAUGUAAUCAUAUGGUAUGUACAAAGAUUCAACAAUCCUUAUCUCUUAAAGAUUCUAUUCAUUGAGAACGCAAAGAAGUACAGUGGAACCCCGUUAAUACCGCCACCAAUGGGCCAAAAAAAUUUGGCUGUUAUAACGAGGUGACCGUAUUAACGAGGGUUUCUUUACAAGAAAAUGUAUGGUCGUUUUUGCCUGGCGGCCAUAAAAAAGUCGCCGUAUUACCGAGGUGGCCGUAAGUCGGGGUUCCACUUUAAAGUCGUCUGUGACGUAUUGUUGAGUUUUUAAUUAUGAUUUUCAAUUUUUGCAUUUCUUUCACCGAUUUCUUGUUUCGUUUUAAUUCCUCAGCAAUGUAUAAAGUGCAAACACGGUAUGUUGGAAAUAUUAAGGUUAAAAUGCAUUACCGAGUAGUCAAGACUUAAAUUGCUUUAAAUCUUGUUGUGCAACAAAAAUAUUAAUAAAACUUCUUUUUGGGAAAUAUUGUUUCAGAUUUUUGCUGGAUGUGCUGUGGAGACUGGAGAAGUCAUGGAUCAGAGUAUUACGAAUGUAGUCGAUAUAAAUCCAAUCCAAAUAUUGUUAACGAGUCUGCUGGAAUUCAAGCUAGAGAGGCACUCAAGAAAUAUCUCUUCUAUUUUGAAAGGGUAUGUGAUGUCAAGUGUACCUAUAGCCCCGUUUUCAGGUUUACCACGAUGCCUACUCUUUCAAAGAAAAAAGGAUUAUGUGUCCCCAUUGACAUGCUUGCGUAUCCGGCCUCGUCUUGGAAGCAAGGCUUACCAUGAUACUGAAAGAUUUUUUGACGUUGUUGACGCUAGGAUUUGUCUUUUUUUAUUUAUUCUCCCAAUUUGUCGUUGUUUUAUUCUCGCAAGACAGGACUCAAAAUAACAGCUGGUCAACGGACAAUGUCCGGCCAGAAUGGCCUCUUGACCGGCCAAAAAUUACACUCGCCGGUCAUGUUGACCGGUCACGCACACUCUCAUUCUUGAAUAAACAGCCAAAUCCUCACUUGGAAAUCAGAUUUUUACUCCUUCUAAAAAUACAAUCACUUUAACUUUAACUUUAUCGCCUUUUGAACUGAAGUCUUUUAGUGUGAAGACAGAGUGUACGGCAGCUUAAAGAUUUACAAUUUUAGAAAAAAAAAACUUAGAGACUAGCUGUUUUAUUAUUAGUUAAAAUUUAGACGGUAUAACUAAAGCGGGCGUUAUUUUAUCUGUUUAGUUUGCGUCACCUUGUAAGUUUUGAAGGGUUUCACUGCCAUUUUUCUCAGAACCAUUUCUCAAGUUUUGACUUUCUCUUGUAUUUAUUGUUUUUGCUAGUGGCAAAACCAUGCUGAUAGCCUCAAACGAGAACAAGAGACAAAACGGAAAAUAAAUCAGAAGAUACAGGAAAAAGUCAACAAUAAUAUCGGCACAUGGAUAGACUGGCAAUAUCUCAUGGAUGCUGCUCAGUUACUCGCUAAGGUAAGCGGGUCGUUACAUGCACUUAUGAUAUAUCGACUUUUGUUGACACCAAAACUGAUGAUGGUAGGAUCAGGACGAAAGAGUUUGGAUAACAAUGAUUAUGUUGGUUGUGGUGAUGGUUUUGUUGUCCAUGAUGAUAUGGAAGGUAAUGAAGACGAUAUCAAUGAUGGUAAUGACGCUGGUGAUGUAGAUGGUGAUAGUAUGAUGGGGAUGAUGAUGGCGAUGGCGAUGAUGAUGAUGAUGAUGAUGAUGGUUAUUAUUAUUAUUAUUAUUAUUAUUACUAUUAUUAUUAUUAUUAUAGUACUUGUACUGGAUAGUUUUUUUUUUUAAGCAAAAUUUAAUUGUAAAUAGGCCGGAUUUUGUAGUUAGUUUUAUUAUUAUUAUUAUUAUUAUUAUUAUUAUUAUUAUUAUUAUUAUGUCAAAAGUAGGUUGAGUUUGAUCGUCCGGGUGAACGUAGUCCUGAAUAGGACUGUUGUUGUUGACAGUGUCUGACGUUUCGACAACCUGUGCGGUAGUCAUCUUCCGAGUCAAAGUGAGUUGUGUCACGUCAGUUGAUAGUAUUAUACUCUGGUUAUUGAUCUGAUUGGUCAAUUACGUCGCGAUGUUAUUGGUCGUCUGUCAGUUAAGCCGUGAUGUUAUAGACCUAUUCGGCUAACUCAAUGUUUUACCCAAUUCAAAUCUCCCGGGGUUAAGAUUCUUUGUGUAUUGUAUUUGCAUUAUAAUGUGGCAUUCUCAUUUAAAUGUAUGGAAAUUCCUGAAACAAAAAGUUUUAUUCCCAAAGGGUUUGAAUUGGGUACAACACUGAGUUAGCCGAAUAGGUCUAUUGGCUAUGAAGACUCGUAAUCAGUAAUUGGUGCGUUUUUUCACAUUAUUUAUAUUAUAAUGUAAAUGAUGAUGAUGAUGAUGAUGAUGAUCAGAACGAUGACGACGACAAUGAUCAGAAUGGUGAUGGUUAGAGUAGUUGUAAAGAUGAUGUCAAGUAUUUUGUUAACCCAAAUUCUUCCAUUCAUGUUUCAGUGUCGUUACACGUUGAUGUAUACUUAUCCCUAUGCGUACUUCAUGGAGGAUGAGAGAAAAAGACUUGUAAGUUUACUUCCGGAAAAUUCACCAUACAAUUUCGAUGAAUUACAUUGUAUUCACACUUGGCUCCGAGGCUUGGAAGAAUAAAACAAACUUAAUCAACUUGAAGCUCAGGGAUGAGUUGUUAUUAUUCUUAAGACUUGGAGUCCCAGGAUGAAUUGUAAGGUAUCAAAAUUGGUUUAUAUAUUUUCCACUCUUUUAGACCUAGUCGUACUUCUAAAUAAGCUUUUUCAAUUCAUUACGAUAUUUCCAUGUACAUUUAAACCACCUCUGUAAUCAAUGCAUCCGUCCGUCUAUGUGGGGACAAUUCUCUACUUUGUUCAGCAUGCAAAGAAAGUAGUGUCCGAUAGCCCGGGUCUAGUGGAUUUUCCUAUCGGGCUAGUGAACUCUGUUCUCAACUUGCCCGACGGGUAAUGGAAGUUUUUUGAGAAAUUCUAGUUACAGAAGAACUUUGAUAUCAAUUCUGCUCAUCAAAAAGUUUUUGGGGCCAGUUAAAAUGACGUUUGGGCUAGUAUAUGCUAGCCUCAGGUUGCCCGAAUGGCCAGCUGUAAAAAUGACUUUCUUUGCACCCUGUUUGUUCUGUCAAUCUGAGUCGGUUUAAAGGUUUGACUAUAUUUUUCUUAACAGUUUGAGUAUCAACAAGCACAGCUUGAGCUGGAAAUAGAAAAUUUGUCUUGGAAAUUAGAACGAGACGAGCUUUAUUGUAGAGGGGUAAGUGAGUUUUGAUAGCAGAUCUAAAGAGACAACAUGAAUAUGCGUCGUCAUGAUUUAGGCACAGAGAUUUCUUCGGUUGCCGUUCAGAAAAGAUAGGGAAAACUUCUGUUCUGUAGUGUUAGUAUGGAGCUCAAGCAACAACGACGCCGAGGGCUACGAAAACGUCACUUAAAAAGUGUAUUCGCACUGCUUCAAUCUUUAUCGCGCUUCUUCCAUCUCGUUCAGUUCGUCAAAUGUUGGUAGCCUGCUCGCAAGCUCUCCUAUUCGGGCGAGUAAAACGAGUCUCGCGAGAACGCGCGAGCGGGCGGCGAAGCCGCGAGGGUCCUCGGCCCCUCGCUCGCGCUUUCUCGCGAGACUCGCUUGGCUUGCCCAAAUAGGAGAGCGUGCUCGCAGGCUAAAUGUUGGCUAUGUUUUUCUCGAGUUAAAUUCUAAAAGACUGUAUCGAAGUUAGAAAAAGGAAAAGAAAAUCGUUGUCUUGUGUUCACGUCUUCCAUAAAACGUGAAAUUAGGAAGCGUCACGUCGUAGUCGUGCCGUGACGCCAAAGAAAUGUACAAACAAGUGAAAUGCACGUGCAGAGUUCAGUGUGAUCUAAAGCUAGUGCUUUUUUUUGCCGUUCUCGUUGCCGUUGCCGUCGCCGUCGCCGUCUUCGUUGCUUAAGGUCCCUAUUCGGAUUCUGGGGAUGGCGCCAGAAGAUGUGAGCUGGAAGAAUACAGUCAACUCUUUCUAAGUCGAACACCUUUGGGGCAGGUACUAAGUGUCCGUGUAAGAGAGAUGCCCGUCUUAUAGAGAGUCAAAUAUAGCGAGUAAAGAAAGACAGGGACCAACUCUAGGUGUCCGUUUUGCAGAGGUGUUCGUCUUAUAGAGGUGUCCGUUAAGAGAGAGUCGACUGUAGUCUCUCUUCCUCGUAAUUUUUUUCCCGCUGUCUGCCUUCGCGCUGCACUCUACCAUCCGAACGCCUGAAACAAGCAAUAGUGUUGUUAUAUUAGAUGUCAGUAGGUCAAAACUGCCAUGUGUUACGCUAUUUUAGCAAUGGUGACUGGAAUGAUUACCAUAUAUUUUGCUACAAAGUCGUUACGCUGCAUAUUGAAGUUGUUUUGCUACGAAAUCGUUUCGCUGCAUAUUGAAGCCGUUUCGCUGCAAAGUCGUUAAGGUACAAUUUUGAAAACGUACAGAAAACUUUGUUCUUGGCAGUGUGUUUUGUUAUAAAUAUAAAAGCUUGUUUUGGUCAAGAAUUGAAUUAGACUUGGUGGCCCUUAGAGAUGACCACUAAAUAUGGUGCGCUCUUGGGUUUGGAGAAAAAAUCUCAUAAAAGCAACCCAAUGUGUGUCCGAGUAAUAUACCGAUAAAAGUUCCUUAUCUUGGUUUUAAUAUUUUUCAUUGGUAUUGUUAUAUUUCAGGACUUUGAAAAUCAAAUGGAUAUAGCAGAGAAGAGAAGACAGACGUUACUGAAAGACUUUCUUGUGGUUUAGU